GGUGGUACAGUGGAAAGCGCCACGUGCCCCUCGGCUCCCUCUGCCCAGUAGCACUUAGGACCAGAGGUGGAAGCUGCCUCCUACCGAGUCAGGGCCUUGGUCCCUCUUGCUCAGUAUCGCCUACCCAGGCUGGCAGCGGCUCCUCCCAGCCCUACCGUGGAGAUGCUGCCAGGAAGGGAACUUGGAACCUAGGUGGCCAGAUUUGGCUUUUAAAAAGCCAAAUUCUGGCUUACGGCCCAUUUGACCCACGAGUAGACCCCUUCGGUUCUGGCAACUCAGCCCGGAGGGGGCUCUUCCCAGAGCGGGUUCCUGAUUCUUCUGCCUUCUCGGCUGGCUGGGCUUACUCCCCUCAGGGUGGAACCCCAUAGUGUGGGCUGAGGGGCUGGUGGGGGGGGGAGAGAGUGGGGCAGGCGGCCCUUUUCCUCCCCCCGCUCUGUGGCCCUGGCAUCGGCCCCCGCUGGGUGUCCUUGGACUUCUCCUUGCUUCCCUUGCAGGGAGGCUGAGGAGGCCCUGAGCUACGCCAAGGCCCCGUCCAUGUUCUUAUCCCUCUCAAUCCUCGUACAAGGGAGAGGGAAGGAUGCCGCUUUGUUUUGACUCGGCCAAGAGGUGGCAGACAAGCAAGCUCUCGUCUUCACCGAGACCGUUGCCUUGCAAGAAAGCUCUUUGGGUGGCAGGCAACCAGGACAGGCACCUUGGCAGGCAAAGGGGUCCCCACACUGCUGCUGCUGCCGCCGCCGCCGCCGCCGCUGCCGCCGCCCUCCCUCCAUCCCUGCCUCCAGCCGUGGUGCCGCACGGGGGGAGCUCCUAGUGACGAGGGCCCCAGCAGCCGACCUCGCCAGCCCCCGCCCCGCGGCCCCCGCCAUGCCGUCCAACGGGCCCUUUGACACAAGCAGCCCCACUGCAGACCGGGAGGCAGCCGACGCUCAUCAGGGUGAAGUGGAAUCGGGUGAGAAUCGGAACAAGGAGGAGACACCAGAUCCGGGGAUACCCAUGAGGAAAGCAGGGCGGCCGGGCAGGAAACGCAAGCAGCCGGUGGUGGAGAGCAGCGAAACCCCCAAAGACACGGCCUCAGCACCGAAGUGCCCCCCACCUGCUCACAACACCAGCCCCAUGGAGCAAGUGCCCAAUGGCGACGCAGAGAUGGACGGCCCCGAGAGCAGCAGCACCACCGACCUGACGGGCGAGUCCAGCAGCCUCCCGGACGGGGAGACGGGACGGGCCCUGGAGAAUGGGCGCUGCACCCCCAAGGACAGCCCUGGCCCCCCUGCCAGCGAAGGCAAAGACGAGAAGGAGGAAAGCCACUACAGUUCGCUGAAGAUGGAGGGAUCCCGAGGCCGCCUGCGCGGGGGGCUGGGCUGCGAGUCGAGCCUGCGCCCCCGACCCAUGCCGCGCCUGACCUUCCAGGCUGGGGACCCCUACUACAUCAGCAAGCGGAAGCGGGACGAGUGGCUGGCCCGCUGGAAGAGGGAGACCGAUAACCCACCGGCAGCUCAGCUUGACAAGGCUGAGAAGAAGGCCAAGGUCAUUGCCGGGAUGAAUGCCGUGGAGGAGACGCCCCGGAGCGAGCCCCAGAAGGAGGAAGAGGCCAGCCCACCCGCCUCCCAGCAGCCCACCGACCCGGCCUCUCCCAACGUGGCCACCACUCCAGAACCCGUGGGGCCCGAUGCCGUGGACAAGGGCAUGUCCAAGUCAGCCGACGAUGAGCCGGAGUACGAGGACGGCCGGGGCUUUGGGAUCGGGGAGCUGGUCUGGGGGAAGCUGCGUGGCUUUUCGUGGUGGCCGGGCCGCAUUGUUUCCUGGUGGAUGACGGGCCGGAGCCGAGCUGCGGAGGGCACCCGCUGGGUCAUGUGGUUUGGAGACGGGAAGUUCUCGGUGGUCUGUGUGGAGAAGCUGCUCCCGCUCAGCUCCUUCUCCAGCGCCUUCCACCAGGCCACGUACAACAAGCAGCCCAUGUACCGCAAGGCCAUCUACGAAGUGCUGCAGGUGGCCAGCAGCAGGGCGGGCAAGAUCUUCCCCUCCUGCCCAGAGAACGACGAAUCAGACACGUCCAAAGUGGUGGAGAUCCAGAACAAGCAGAUGAUCGAGUGGGCCCUGGGGGGGUUCCAGCCUUCGGGCCCCAAGGGCCUGGAGCCCCCUGAAGAGGAACGCAACCCCUACAAAGAAGUUUACACGGAGAUGUGGGUGGAGCCCGAAGCGGCUGCCUAUGCCCCUCCCCCGCCAGCCAAAAAGCCGCGGAAAAAUACGGCAGAGAAGCCCAAGGUCAAGGAGAUCAUUGAUGAGCGCACCCGAGAGCGUCUUGUUUAUGAGGUUCGGCAGAAAUGCAGGAACAUUGAAGAUAUCUGCAUCUCCUGUGGCAGCCUCAAUGUCACCCUGGAACACCCUCUCUUCAAUGGAGGCAUGUGCCAAAACUGCAAGAACUGCUUCUUGGAAUGCGCCUACCAGUAUGACGACGACGGCUACCAGUCCUACUGCACUAUCUGCUGCGGUGGCCGAGAAGUCCUCAUGUGUGGGAACAACAACUGCUGCAGGUGCUUCUGCGUGGAGUGCGUGGACUUGCUGGUGGGGCCGGGGGCCGCGCAGGCAGCCAUCAAGGAGGACCCCUGGAACUGCUACAUGUGUGGCCACAAGGGCAUCUACGGCCUGCUCCGGCGGCGGGAAGACUGGCCCUCGCGCCUCCAGAUGUUUUUUGCCAACAACCACGACCAGGAGUUUGACCCCCCCAAGGUCUACCCUCCAGUUCCUGCUGAGAAGAGGAAGCCCAUCCGGGUGCUCUCGCUGUUUGACGGCAUUGCCACAGGCCUGCUGGUGCUGAAGGACUUGGGCAUCCAGGUGGACCGAUACAUCGCAUCCGAGGUGUGCGAAGACUCGAUCACGGUCGGGAUGGUCCGACACCAGGGCAAGAUCAUGUAUGUUGGGGACGUCCGGAACGUCACCCAGAAACACAUACAGGAGUGGGGCCCCUUCGACUUGGUGAUUGGAGGGAGCCCUUGCAACGACCUCUCCAUCGUCAAUCCUGCCAGGAAGGGCCUUUAUGAGGGGACGGGCCGGCUCUUCUUUGAGUUCUACCGUCUCCUGCACGAGGCCCGGCCCAAGGAGGGAGACGACCGGCCCUUCUUCUGGCUCUUUGAGAACGUGGUGGCCAUGGGCGUCAGCGACAAGAGAGACAUCUCGCGCUUCCUGGAGUCCAACCCAGUGAUGAUUGAUGCCAAAGAAGUCUCCGCAGCACACAGAGCCCGGUACUUCUGGGGGAACCUGCCUGGCAUGAACAGGCCACUGGCUUCAACUGUGAAUGAUAAGUUGGAGCUGCAGGAGUGUCUGGAACACGGCAGGAUAGCCAAGUUCAGCAAAGUGCGGACCAUCACCACUCGCUCCAACUCCAUCAAGCAAGGCAAGGACCAGCACUUCCCCGUCUUCAUGAACGAGAAGGAAGACAUCCUGUGGUGCACCGAGAUGGAGAGGGUCUUUGGCUUCCCGGUCCACUACACAGAUGUGUCCAACAUGAGCCGGCUGGCAAGGCAGAGACUGCUGGGCCGCUCCUGGAGUGUGCCGGUGAUCCGCCACCUCUUUGCCCCGCUGAAGGAGUACUUUGCCUGCGUGUAAAGAGGCGCCCCCACAGACUGGCAAAGCGGAGCAGGAGGAGCAGGAGGAGGAGUCUCAAACACAACCACCCCCAGGAACAGAAGAGGAGGAGGAGGUGGUGGCUGGUGGGCCAGAGGGGGGGCGGGGAGAGGACAGCCCCACACGUGUGACGCCGGCUCCCAGCGCCCAGGUCUUCUUCGCCCAGCCUCUCCCCGAUUUGGACUGCCCCGACCUGACCACCCGGCCCCACGUUCUGUUGGUAACCCUUUAAUUUCCUGCUCUUUCUGGAUGGGUUUGUCUGUUAGUUUGGUUUCUGCCUCCCCUCGGCCGAGCCCCCGGCAGCCAGGGCUUGCCCACUGGCACGGCCGCCGCCGCCGGGCAUUCCAGCCAAGCCCAAAGCGGAGCGGGCUGUGGGGCGCCGCUGCCACCCCUGCUCGGCAAAGGAGCACAACGCCGGGCGUGGCCGGCCUCCUUGCUGGCCAGCGCCAGGCCGGGGGGCGGGCUGGAGCAGGGGAGCUGCCGGCCCCUCCCCACCCGCCCGCCCCCCAGCCACACUCUUUUCUACAGUAUUUGGGUGCCUACCACAUACAGAAGACCUUGAGGAAGCCACGCUUACCUCUUGUUUACAGUUUAUAUAUAUAUAUGAGAGUUAUGAGAGAGAAAUGUCUAUAUAUAAAAGGUACUGUUACUACUGUACAACUGACUUUCAAAAUGGUGCUUCUACCACAGCGGGGCGGGGGGCAUGUGCCUGAGGGCCACUUCUGUGGUGCUUCGAGUGCCAGCCUGCCGGAGGGGGGGUGGCUUUUCAGAGCAGCUCUGCCCCCCUUCUCGCGGGAGGGGGAAAGGGCGGGCAGGCAGGCAGGCAGGCAGCAAGCAGAGGGCGGUGCUGUCCUCCGCCCCCCCACCCGGGUGUCAUGCAAUAAUGCUCUUUGUUCCUCAGAGGCAACCCUCCCUCAGGCCCUCAGGGCCCUGCACGGAGGAGCUGGCCGGCCAGCCAGCCUCCCUGCGGGGGCGCAAGCAGCCGCCCUGACAGAACUGGUGCUUUCCUGCUGCUGCGGAGGAUGCCCUUGGGCGGUGCCCCCUCCCUGGGUCCCCCCACUGCCCACUUGGCCCUGCCGGCAGGCAGCCCCCAGGCCCCGCCCUCGUUGGGGUCAUCUCUGGACUCAAGGCUGCAGCAUCCUUCAGCGGGCCUUGGAGGGGGGCCUCUUCCCUCCGAUGGGGCCCCUUCAAUUGCAGACUCCACUGUAAGCUCUCCCUGGGGGUCGGGAGGUAGUGGGGAGAAAGACGUCACCCUCACCCCUCUGGGAUCUUGUGUGGUGUUUGGGGGGCCGCACCUACAGCUCCCCUCCCCCCUGUGUGUGAACCCCCCCCCCUUUCCUGUUUUGCUUGAUCAGACUCUGGCUGUGCUAACCCCUCUCACCCCCCCCCCGCGCAUGCUCUUGGGGGGGGCGGGGGGGAGUUCUCCCCUGGGGAGGGCCGCCCCUCUGCAUUUCCUGGGCCUAUACCUCAGCAGCUGUGGCACGGAAACCGUGGCCUUGGCCCGUGGGGUGCCAGGGGUUGCCAUGGGGCUCCAGCCACUCCUUGGUGCAUGGGCUUGGGGGUGCUUCUGCCUGCAGGGGCUGCUCUCCACAGGGUCCAAAGCCCUUGGUGCUAACAGGGAGAUGGGCCGGAGGUCCCCAGGAGCCCCUCCCGGCCUCAGCAGCUCCCCACUCUGCCUCAUGGACCCGAGUGAGGCAGUUGCUGCUGGCAGCAGAGCUCCCGUCUGGAAGGCUGCCGGCCUUGGUGCUAACAUUUCAGGGAGCUGGCGGGACGGGGCUCCUCUUACUUUGCCUCAAACUGUGAAGGGUGCUGGGGUCUCGCUCAGGGCUGGAUGGGGGAAGGAGGGUGGCGGAGGACUACUCUGGAGGAGACGCACGCACGCACGCAGCCAUGGCUCGUGGCCUCCCUGCCGCUCGAUUGGUCCUCCCUGCCUUGAGAGUCCAGCGGCUGCCUGCCCGUGUGUGGCAUUCUUCACGGGCAGCCUUGCUUUCCCUUGAGUCCCGCAGCGGCUUCAGCCCACCCUCUGCCCACGUGCCCCAGUGGGGGAGGGGAGAGAGGGCUCCUCGGGACUUCCCUGGUGCUAAGUGGGAAACACGAGCCCCCCCCCCAGUGACCUAGCCCUUGGGCUUUGCCCCCAGGGCCAUCUGAGCCAAGGGGGGUGGCUGGCUGCCCGAGCGGAGGCCUGCGGCCUCCCCCCCCGCCUGCUUUGGGCAGCGCCCCCCCUACCACUCCCCCCCGCCCCGAUCUCGCCAGAGCUGUCCUUCCAGUGACUUCUGGUUUGGCCCUCGAGCAAGCCGCCUCGUUCCCCAGGAGUCUGGACCCAGCAGGCCAUGGCUUGGCUGGCUCCCUGCCUUCCUGUGGGGCUGCCAGGCAGGCCCCACUCCACAGAGCCCCAUAGAGCAGACCCUCCUGAUCCUCCCCAAACUGGAAGUGACCACCCCCCAGAAAGCCUCCUUGGCUGUGUGGCCUGGCGGCUUGGGCUUGUGGGGCGGCCUGCCCCAGAAUCCCCCUGCUCCCCCCAGGGGGUGGGAGGAGGCAGCCUCUGGAGACGGACUCCGCUGGGCUCCCCUCGCUGGGCACAGGGCCCUCUGCCGGGGGGCACAGCCCUAGACUGAACAGCAAAGCAGCCGGACCCCAACCCCCCCCCCCCAUUGCCUGAAUUCCUUCAGCAUCUGCAGAGGAAGGAAAUGACAACCAAGGUGCUAAACUGUUUUAUUACAGAUCUUUGUUAACUUAAUUCUGCUGUCUAGACAAUGACUGUUUUGUUUCCUUGUAGUGGAGUUAAGAGAGCUCUUUUAUUUUACUCUUAUAUAUUAUUAUUAAAAAAAAAAGGCAUUUUAACUUUGUACUUGAAACCUAAAGGAAAGAUUUAAUGUGUUUUAGCCUAGACAUUGAAGUAGCUGAGAUGCUUUACUGUUUGUGGGAAAUCAUGUAUCCAUGCUGAAGAAUAAACUGUGUCCAGACCCUGGGAAGAGCUCGGCCCCCCCUCCAGCCGCCUCCCCCCUCGACAUUCCACGCCGCUCACCCAGACGUCCUUCCUGCCUUUCCAGGGCCCACCCCCACCGCCGCUUUUCUUUUUUCCCCCUAGGAUGGUUUUGGGAUGCCCCAGCCUUUCGUUCGCUUCUUCUUCUUAUUAUUAUUAUUAUUUUUUUAGGGUUGCUUCUAUAUUUAUUGAGAAAAAAAAUGUACAUUUCAGAGUAUGGUUCUGCUCUGCCAGGGGUGGGAAGGGGGAGGCCCGGCUCCCCUCCCCAUGGGCAGGCUGUUGUAUCUCUGUGUAAGUAUUGCUCGUGACAUAGCUGUUUUAUAAACUAAUUAAAAGGUCAAUGGUG